AUGGCAGAAUUAGCAUCCAAUAAGCUCAACCCAGAGAGCCACAUCAUCUUGGACCAACCACUUCUUCGACUACCUCACGAACUCGCUCGCAGGAACUUCAAAACAGUCCAAAGAGCCGUCGAGCGAGAAAAAGAAUAUGUCAUCCCAACACUCAAAGAAACCGCCAAUGCCUCACUCUCCAACACACAAACACCGGAUCAGACACUUGCCGCCCUCGAUGCCAUGAUUUCUAGAAUGCAAGGCCUGAAGCGGAAAAUGGAAGGCUUGCAGGAGGAAGAGAAGAAAAUUCACAAUCAAUCCCGCAAACGAAUCCAACACCUGGAAACCCUCCACAAGAUCCCGAGUCUGGCGGACGUCAAGUAUGACCAGUGGUCAAGGGUGCGGUUAGAUCGAUUACUGGUGGACCAUAUGCUACGGUCAGGCUACUCGGAUAGUGCGCAAAAACUGGCAAAGGAGAGAGGUAUUGAGGAUCUCGUGGAUCUCGGUGUAUUCACGCAGUGUCAACGAGUGGUGGAGAGCCUACGGAAGAGGGAAACCAAGGAGGCUCUACAGUGGUGUGGUGAGAAUAAAGCAGCCUUGAAAAAGAGUCAAGUGAGUUCAUCCCAAUUCCGUGACAUGAUAUCUCGGACUAACCGGACCAAGCAUAAUCUCGAAUUUGAGCUUCGGCUGCAACAGUACAUCGAAAUGGUGCGGACACAAGACAGAUUCAAGAAGGUUGAAGCGAUUAUACAUGCUAAGAAGUACCUUGUAUCAAAUCCUCAAUCUCAGAAUAUGGAGAUAAUGCGAGCUGCUGGAUUGCUUGUGUUCACGCAGGACACGAGAGCCGAGCCUUACAAGUCUCUCUUCUCACCGGAACGCUGGACUUAUCUCUCGAAUCUCUUUGUGCAAACUCAUCAUGAGCUGCUUUCCUUGCCGUCACAGCCAUUAUUGCACAUUGCACUUUCAGCAGGACUAUCGGCACUCAAAACACCCUUGUGUCACUCAGCAUACACAUCAUCCAGUUCCAACUCACAGUCAACUUCGACCUCUGUGUGUCCGAUUUGCUCAACUGAGCUGAACGAUCUCGCCCGCAAGAUGCCAUACGCCCAUCACUCGAAGAGUUAUGUAGAAAGCGAUCCAAUCGUUUUACCCAAUGGCCGAGUCUAUGGAAAGCACCGACUGAUCGAAAACAGCAUGAAGAUCGGGACCAUCGAAACAGGCAAGGUCAAAGACCCAACAACGGGCGAGAUCUUCAGUGAAGGCGAAAUGAAGAAAGUCUACAUCAUGUAA